UGUCGCUCGGUCCGGCGGCGCCGCUCGCUGCCUGCCGGCCCCAUGCCCCGCGCCUAGCGCCGCCCGCCCCGGCCAUGUCCGCCGCGCAGCUCUACACCAAGUACACCAGGGUUUGGAUUCCUGACCCUGAUGAAGUUUGGAGAUCGGCCGAAAUUAUCAAGGAUUACAAAGAGGGAGAUAAAAGCCUCCAGCUGAAACUGGAAGAUGAAACUAUAUUUGUGUUUAAAGUGGGUUGCGAGGAAGCCCUUGACCUCUCUCAUUUCUUUCCAUCCCCCCCUGGUAUCGUCCUUGUUGCCAUCAAUCCAUAUGAGCAGCUGCCAAUCUACGAACAAGAUGUCAUCUACGCCUACAGCGGCCAGAACAUGGGGGACAUGGACCCCCACAUCUUCGCGGUGGCGGAGGAAGCCUAUAAGCAGAUGGCCCGGGAUGAGAAGAACCAAUCCAUCAUCGUGAGUGGGGAGUCUGGUGCUGGAAAGACGGUCUCUGCCAAAUACGCCAUGCGCUUCUUCGCAACCGUGGGUGGUUCCGCCAGCGAGACCAACAUCGAAGCCAAAGUCCUCGCCUCGAGCCCAAUCAUGGAGGCAAUUGGAAACGCUAAAACAACAAGGAAUGACAACAGCAGUCGCUUCGGGAAGUACAUCCAGAUCGGCUUUGAUAAAAGAUACCACAUCAUUGGUGCCAACAUGAGGACGUAUCUCUUGGAAAAAUCACGAGUCGUGUUCCAGGCGGAGGACGAACGCAACUACCACAUCUUCUAUCAGCUUUGUGCCUCGGCAAGUCUUCCUGAAUUCAAAGAACUUGGACUAACAUGUGCCGAAGACUUUUUCUACACUUCUCAGGGAGGUGACACGUCUAUUGACGGCGUGGACGAUGCUGAUGACUUUGAGAAAACCAGGCACGCCUUCACCCUGCUUGGAGUGAAGGAAUCUCAUCAGACGACCAUUUUUAGGAUAAUUGCUGCCAUUCUGCACCUGGGCAACUUGGAAAUCCAAGGGGAACGCGAUGGCGAUGCCUGUAGCAUAUCGAGUGAGGACGAGCACUUGAACAACUUCUGCGGUUUGCUGGGCGUGGAGCACAGCCAGAUGCAGCACUGGCUUUGCCACCGCAAGCUCAUCACCACGGCCGAGACCUACGUGAAGAACAUGUCCGUGCAGCAAGUGGUGAACGCCAGGAACGCCCUGGCCAAGCACAUCUACGCCCAGCUCUUCAACUGGAUCGUGCAGCACAUCAACAAGGCCUUGCACACCACCGUCAAGCAGCACUCCUUCAUCGGCGUCCUCGAUAUCUACGGGUUUGAAACUUUUGAAGUGAAUAGCUUUGAACAGUUUUGUAUCAACUACGCCAAUGAAAAGCUCCAGCAGCAGUUCAACUCGCACGUGUUUAAACUGGAACAAGAGGAGUACAUGAAGGAGGGAAUCCCUUGGACUCUCAUAGACUUCUACGAUAACCAGCCCUGCAUAGACCUCAUAGAGGCGAAACUCGGUAUCUUGGACCUCCUGGAUGAAGAGUGCAAGGUUCCCAAAGGAACUGACCAGAACUGGGCGCAGAAGCUGUACGACCGACACGCCAGCAGCCAGCACUUCCAGAAGCCCCGGAUGUCCAACACCUCCUUCAUCAUCCUACACUUUGCUGAUAAGGUGGAAUACCAAAGCGAGGGAUUUCUGGAGAAGAACAGGGACACCGUGUAUGAGGAACAGAUCAACAUCCUGAAAGCCAGCAAGUAUCAAAUGGUGGCAGACUUGUUCCAAGAUGAGAAGGAUGCUGGGCCCACCGCUUCCGCGGGGAAGGGGACAUCCAAAAUCAGCGUCCGUUCUGCCAGACCAGCCAUCAAAGCUGCCAACAAGGAGCACAAGAAAACGGUGGGCCACCAGUUCCGCAACUCGCUGCAUCUGCUCAUGGAGACUCUGAAUGCCACCACCCCGCACUACGUGCGCUGCAUCAAGCCCAACGACGAGAAGCUCCCCUUUAAGUUUGACCCGAAGAGAGCGGUGCAGCAGCUGAGAGCUUGUGGAGUGCUGGAGACCAUCCGUAUCAGCGCAGCUGGAUUCCCAUCCAGAUGGUCCUACCACGACUUCUUCAACAGAUACCGCGUUCUCAUGAAAAAGAGAGACCUCUCUAAGAACGACAAGAAGCAGAUCUGUCAGACCCUGUUGGAAGACCUCAUUAAGGAUCCAGACAAGUUCCAGUUUGGACGUACCAAGAUCUUUUUCCGUGCAGGCCAGGUGGCAUAUCUGGAGAAACUACGAGCAGAUAAGUUCAGAGCUGCCACCAUCAUGAUUCAGAAGACGGUGCGGGGCUGGCUACAGAGGGUCAAGUACAAAAGGUUGAGAAGAGCUGCCAUCGUGGUCCAGCGUUACACGCGUGGGCACCUGGCGCGGAGGCUUGCUGAGCACCUGAGGAGGACGAGAGCUGCCAUCAUCUUCCAAAAGCAGUACCGGAUGCUACGGAUCCUCCGAGCUUUCCAGAGGGUCCGCAACGCAACCGUCACCAUCCAGGCUUUUGCUCGGGGCAUGUUUGUCAGGAGGACUUAUCGCAAGAUCCUUGCGGAGCACAAAGCCACCAUCCUCCAGAAAUAUGCCCGUGGUUGGCUGGCCCGCACCCGCUUCCGCCGGGUCAGGGGUGCCACCAUCGUCCUGCAGUGCUACUACCGGCGCAUGAAGGCCAGGCAGGAGCUGAAGGCGCUGAAGAUCGAGGCCCGCUCAGCCCAGCACCUGAAGAAGCUCAACAUUGGCAUGGAGAACAAGGUGGUCCAGCUCCAAAGGAAGAUCGAUGAGCAGAACAAGGAAUACAAACUCCUGAACGAGCAGCUCUCUACGCUCGCCUCAGCCCACUCCUCCGAGGUAGAAAAGCUGAAGAAGGAACUGGUUCAAUACCAGCAGAACCAGCGGGGUGACGGCAACCAGCUCGUCAGCUUGCAAGAAGAGAUGGAGCAUCUCCGGCUGGAGCUUGAGAAAGCUCAUGGUGAGAGGAAGGUUGUGGAAGACAGUUACGUCAAGGAGAAAGACCUGCUGAGAAAGCGCAUAUCCGACCUGGAAGAAGAAAACGCUCUCCUGAAGCAGGAGAAAGAGGAACUCAACAGCAGGAUCCGCUGUCAAUCUGAAGAUGAAUUUGCACGAAACACAGUUGAGGAAAAUAUCCAGAUGAAGAAAGAGCUGGAAGAAGAGAGGUCUCGUUACCAGAACCUGGUAAAAGAGUAUUCAAGGCUGGAGCAGAGAUAUGACAACUUGCGGGAUGAAAUGACUAUUAUAAAGCAAGCACCAGGACACAGGAGAAACCCAUCCAACCAGAGCAGUUUGGAGUCUGAUUCCAAUUAUCCGUCCAUCUCAACCUCUGAGAUUGGAGACACCGAGGAUGUGAUUCAACAAGUGGAGGAGGUCGGGAUGGAGAAAGCUGCCUUGGACAUGACGGUCUUCCUAAAGCUACAGAAGCGAGUGAGGGAGCUCGAGCAGGAGAGGAAGAAGUUGCAAACCCAACUGGAGAAAAAGGAGCAGGAGAGCAAGAAAUCCCAGGUAAAUGAAAUGAAGAGCGAAGUGACUUCAGACCAGGAAGACUUUGCAUACAACAGUCUGAAGAGGCAAGAGCUGGAGUCGGAGAACAAGAAGCUGAAAAAUGAACUGAACGAGCUGAGGAAAGCGAUCGCGGAGCGAGCCACCCAGAACAACUCGUCCAAUGAUAUUCAGGAGAGUUACAACCUCCUCCUGAACCAACUGAAAUCGGCCAACGAGGAGCUGGAGGUGCGGAAGGAGGAGGUGCUCAUCCUCAGGACGCAGAUCAUGAAGGAAGCCCAGCAAAAAGAGACGGGCAAAAACAUGGAAAACAUCACCACCAACGCCAGCUGGCCCAACAGUGACAAGCACAUCGAUCAGGAGGACGCCAUCGAAGCCUACCAGGGGAUGUGUGAGACGAACCGCAAGACUGAGGACUGGGGGUAUCUCAAUGAAGAUGGAGAGCUCGGCUUGGCUUAUCAAGGUUUAAAGCAAGUUGCCAGGUUGCUGGAAGCCCAGCUUCAGGAGCAGAGAAGAGAGCACGAGGAGGAGGUAGAAGCUUUGAAGAACGAGGUGGACGCGAUGAGAGAAGAGAUGGAGAAGCAACAGCAGGCUUUCCUGCAGACCCUGCAGCUGUCUCCGGAGGCUCAGGUGGAGUUUGGGCUUCAGCAAGAAAUUACACGGCUCACCAAUGAAAAUCUGGAUCUUAAAGAGCUGCUGGAGAAGUUAGAGAAGAAUGAAAAGAAGCUGAAGAAGCAGCUGAAGAUUUACAUGAAGAAGGUCCAAGAUUUUGAAGCCUCCCAGGCCACGGUACCGGUGGAGAGGAGUCGGCACGAGCGGAACAUGCAAGUUGCUGUCCAGAGGAAGGAGAAAGAUUUUCAGGGCAUGUUGGAAUAUUAUAAAGAAGACGAGCCACUCCUCAUCCGAAACCUCAUUACAGAUCUGAAGCCUCAAGCAGUGUCUGCAACUGUUCCCUGCCUUCCUGCCUACAUCCUCUACAUGUGCAUCCGACACGCGGAUUACAUCAACGACGACCAGAAGGUGCACUCCUUGCUCACCUCCACCAUCAACGGCAUUAAGAAAGUGCUGAAGAAACACAACGAGGAUUUUGAGAUGACGUCGUUUUGGCUGGCGAAUACGUGUCGCCUCCUGCACUGUUUGAAGCAGUACAGCGGAGACGCGGGUUUCAUGACCCAAAACACGCCGAAGCAGAACGAGCACUGUCUGAAGAACUUUGACCUCACCGAGUAUCGCCAGGUGCUGAGCCACCUCUCCAUCCAGAUCUACCAGCAGCUCAUUAAGAUAGCAGAGGGCAUACUCCAACCCAUGAUCGUGUCUGCGGUGUUGGAAAAUGAGAGUAUCCAAGGGCUUUCUGGUGUCAAACCAAUGGGCUACAGGAAUCGCUCCUCCAGCAUGGCAGAUGGUGACAGCUCCUACACCUUAGAGGCAAUCAUUCGCCAGCUGAACACGUUCCACAACAUCAUGUGUGACCAGGGUCUGGACCCGGAGAUCAUCCAGCAGGUCUUCAAGCAGCUCUUCUACAUGAUCAACGCGGUGGCCCUGAACAACCUCCUGCUGAGGAAGGACGUCUGCUCGUGGAGCACGGGGAUGCAGCUGAGGUUUAACAUCAGCCAGCUGGAGGAGUGGCUACGGGGGAAGAACCUGCAGCAGAGCGGAGCGGCGCAAACCUUGGAGCCCUUGAUCCAAGCGGCGCAGCUCCUGCAGCUGAAGAAGAAGACCUCAGAAGACGCCGAAGCCAUCUGCUCCUUGUGCACGUCCCUCACCACGCAGCAGAUUGUGAAGAUACUCAAUCUCUACACUCCUGUGAAUGAGUUUGAAGAGCGCGUGACAGUAGCUUUCAUACGAGACAUCCAGACACACUUGCAGGAGCGGAACGACCCUCCGCAGCUGCUCUUAGACUUCAAGCACAUGUUCCCCGUGUUGUUCCCCUUCAACCCAUCCUCCAUAACCAUGGACUCCAUUCACAUCCCCGCUUCUCUCAAUUUGGAAUUUCUCAAUAAAGUCUGAAGAAAGCCUAAUUAAGCCCACCCCCUCUCCUACCCAGAGACCUCCGGCGACGAAAGGCAAAUCACAAAAGGCACUUAAGGAGCUCUUUAAAUAUGGACCAAACAGGUUGAUGGAAGACCCGAUGCGCAGUAAUAAACGGAUGUUAAAAUGUACAGUAAAAAAGAGACUGAUCUGUAUGUGAUUAUUUUAUUUUUUGGGGGGUAAUUUGCUGAGAAUAAGCAUACUUGAAAUGUAGAUUUAUUUUUUACUGCUUGAUUUUAUGUUGCCGUAGUUCAAAGCCCACGAUCAUCUCCAAAAGCCAGUGAGAAAAAAAAAAAAAGAGAACGGUGAGUGGGAGACAACUUCCUUGGAUCUUCAUAAGGUGUCUAUGAAGAAAUGACGGGGAAAAACAAAAUCUGAGACACUUUUGCUGCCUUGAAGGACGUGUGGUUUGUCCAAUAGGUGGGUGGUUUUGUGUGUAUGAAUAACGGGACGUACAAUUCUGCCUCUUGUUCUUUGCUAGUGAGUUGAGAAGGUAAAUUGCAGAAGGUGCCAAGCACUUAUUUAUCACGCCCGUUAAGGUAACGGGCUUGGAUGCUGCUUGUUUCCACCCACGUGGAAUUUGUCACUAAUUCUGUUGCUCCUCCUCGCUACAUCCAGCGCAUGGAAUUCAAGUAAAUCAGCUGUUUGGACUUUCUUCCAUUCCCCAGUUGGAAUUAGUGACUUGCAAAGGUUUUGUCUUAAUUAAAUCAUCUCGAGACAAGGGACUUGCCUCAGGCCUCCCACUUCUAGUCCAGACGAGCAUCGUCCUCAUCCCUCCUCUUGGCUUGCCCUGUGCUUUUAAAAGGCUCCAAACUUUCCUGCAGUGGCCAUCGAGGUUCUCAAACCUCUCAUGUGGCCUCUAUUGGAAUCUCAGAAGUAGGUAAGACAAUUUAAGGCAACCCAGUUUAAUCACCACGUCCCCAGUCCUACUUGUGCUCAGCCAUAACCAUCCAUUGAACUCUAUUCAGUUCAACAGCCCCCCGAAAUUUUAUCACUGGUGUCAAUACAGGGCUUAGAUUAAUGAAGAAUACUUUAAAAAGAAUAAUAAUUUAAAACAAAAGGGAAUGGAUAAGCAAUGGAAUGUUUUAACACAGAAGACGGUGUGUCAAUAAUGUAAGCCAAGAGUGAACACAACACCCUUAAACGAACAAUUGCAAUCAAUUCAAAUUCUAUUAGGAUUUUUUUCUUACCUAAUGAAUAAAUCAAAACAAACCAACCCUCUGACCUCACCAGGUAGAUGCAGCCAUUGAUUUUUUUUCUCCCUACUUACCCAGACACGUUGAAUUCUUGAGUUCCUACGGAGCCGCUCUCCUCCCUGAGCCGGGGGGACGAGGUGGGUUCCCGAGACCUGUGGCAACAGGUUCCCUUCUGCCCCAAAACAGCAAGUUUAGGACCAGGGCCUCUGCCUGCUCAGAGGAUUAAAAUAGAAAAUUUAAUAGAAAAUUAAAAUGGGAAGUCUCUUAAAUUAAGAUACUCUAAAAUUAAGAUGUACUAAUGCCGCAGUCAUAUUUUCAGAUGAGGAGCGUGUUUUGACCCUAAACAUGGUGUAUAUAAUCUAUGUAUAUACAAACUGUAAUAGUCCUGUAUGUACUAUAUAUGUAUAUUACUAUCCAAAAGCACAUUUUUAAAGAAAAAAAAAACAAAAAUGGAAUGCUAUGAAUUAUACAGGUCUGUGCUGGUGGGUGAAUCAAACGGACUAUGGUUUAUUAGGGCUGUUCCCAGUGAAGGACAGACUGAAGGCCAUUCCUUAGGGAGAAGUUGUCUCUUCCUCUUAAGCAUCACCCAGCUAAUUACAGCAGAAAAUGUAUGGCUUGUGUAGUACCAGCACUACCUCCACACCACAGCCCCACGGCGUUUGCAUCUACUGCGUGUAUCCAGUAGUGCCUUCAUCUCCCCUUCACCUACGAUGAGGACAAGGCCACCCUUUUGCUGUCCCUGCCCAACAAGCCCACACUUUUCUGUCACUUGGUAUUUUUAUUUAUGGUACCUACCUCUUUUUUUUCAAGGUUUGCAAAUUAAUAGGUUUUUUUGCCAUGCUCUGUAUUUAAUUUUUUUUUUAAAUUACAUCUUAGCCCCAUUUUCCACCCUACAGUAGUCACCACGGCUUAAAAAAACCAAUUCAAAGCAGAAUUUGGGUGGUUUUAACGUAGUGCUAUUUCUUAAAAUUCACCUUAAGCUGCAAUUUUCCUCUCAGGCUCUUCUGGUCUCUACCUCUCUCCGAUGUAAAUUAUUCAGAGUACAAAUUCCCAACGUUUAUGGUUGAGGCUAAAUGACAGGUUGCUGCAGAAUCCUCUUUCCACGACAAUUUUUGUCGUCAAUGGUAAUUAGAAAAUGUGGUUCAUGCUCUUCUUCUAAAGGAUAACGGUCUUUUCACUGGUAUUUUCAGAAUUGUAAUUUAUACCUGCAACAAAAAGACUUUCUUAAAAACUCUUGGUACCUAGAGAGAGAAAUUGGGAUGUCUUGAUCUGUCAUAAUGGAGUUUAACCAUCAACAUCCAUCUGGAAGAGGAUUCCACAUGAAAUAUCUUUAACAUAUAUUGUUUUUUUCUGUUAGCAGUUUUAAAAAUUUGGUUUUAAAUGUUCAUUUUCUGAAAUCGUUAUGCUCAAACAUGCCUUUCUUUCCUCGGAUGGAAACUUCUUUGUUUAAAAAGCAAAUUGAGCACAAAGCACGGCGUCGAGGAAGCUGGCUCUUUUCCAGCUCUCUCUUUUAUUUUUAAAUAUUGAUUAUGAAGUUGGGCAUUUCCCCACUGCGUGCCUUUCGCCGUUACUAAGGUAACGGCCUUCUCAACCACCCUUUCUCUGAAACGAGCAUUAAAAAGUGGGAAUAUUUUUAUUGUUCUGUCACACAAACACACAAGAAAAAAAGUUGCUGUGGAUUUAUAAAUCUCCUUGUAAAAUCUUACUCCGAGGAAGUCUGCAAAACCAGUUUGGAGUUCCUAGGAAAAUAGGACCCAUCCUGAUUUUUGCGUGUAUAAUGUAUCUCAGAAAAGCACUAUUGGGAAUAAUAAUAAUAAAAAAUAAUUAAAAUUUAAAAAGAACCUCCCAAAAAACCCCUUAAAUCACACAACCAACCAACACUAUGAAACCAACACUUCAAAGGCGAGUUCAGGUAUGGGCUGUCUGAGCUAUUAAAAGCUUCCAGAACAACACACACCUUCAUUUUCACUAAAAAAUUGCUUUUUUUCAUCUUCUUUUUUCUUUUAUUGGCAUUUUGUAGCUGAGGUUGCUCACCUUUUGGCUGGGAAAGCUGUUGUGUAGUUGUUGACAGUCGAAUUAGACCUCAAGACUGAAUUUAUGCAAUUUUAAGGCAUAAAUGUUUUUUGCUUAUAAUUUGUUCCACUAUAUCUAAAAGGACUUGUCUUAUGGGUGAAACAGUAACAAAAGGUGGGCACGUUGCAGAUUUUAAGCCUUACGGAGUGGUUAUCUCUCCUUAAAUACUGAAAUCAGGCCACCACCUAAAGUCUUUGCAACAUUAUGACCCUCCACCUGUGUGAUUUGCAAAAGAUACAAGUGAAAAAGCUGCACUUGAAACGACGUUUUCUCCAUUUUCAACAGUAAAUGAACAAGACCCGUUCAAACUUAGUAUUUCAGACCGUAUUUAACUGAAAAAUUAACAUUUUGCUCUUGCAUAUAAAUACAACCUCGUUAAAAUGAAUUGCAUGACCUACCUUUUCCCUCCAACUUUAUUGAUUCAGAUAAAUAUUGCAGUCAUAAAUUGAUAUACUACUUUUUUUCCUGAAAUAAAUUCUAGCAAGGUAGAUGGUAAGUAAAACAACCCAGAGGACGUAUUCCCCAGUGAGUAUAUAAUUUAUUUCAAAAUGUAAAUGCCAGUGGACAAAGACAUACAAAUUAAGUUGAAAUGAGAAGAAAAACCCAGACCGAAUUAUUAAAAAAAAAAAAAAAAGUGCUGCUAAAGUGCAAUGUUUAUUUUGUUUAUUUGUUUGGGGGUUUUUUGGGGGGGAAUUGGGAAGUCUCAUUACCUUAACAAGCAGAAGGUAUAGCUGCUCUCAAAGAAGUUGAAUGAUAUACAGGAGUGAAUACUGUAGAUGAAAUACUACUGCUUAUAAAAUAUUUUUCCAUUUUGAACAAAUCUGUAAACUACACCUUUGUUUAUAGAAAACAAAAAAAAAAUGCUUGUAAUAGUCACUGUAAUAUUCAGCUGUGGAUAAAGAAAUUUGUGAAAUAAACACUUUUGAAGAAA